GUUGAGUGAGUGAAGGAGACACAAUCACUGUCUCUCUCUUUCUUAUGUGAAGGGGAAGAACCAGGCUGGAACAUACAAGAAUAAGCAGCUCAGCUUGUGAUGGGCCUCUCGGUUUCGGAAACGGAGCAAAAGGAGCAGAUAUUCUUCCAUGAGGGACACCUUGAGAAGAUGGACACAUAACCAUUCCUAGUAGGAAUUUUCCUGCACUUUUCCUCUCCUUGGUUUCGGGAGAUCCUGCUCUCAGGGUAGUCGCAAUGAAAGGUGGACUUCUGUUGGCUUCAAGCAUCAUUUUGGCUUUUCAUGCGGCAUGGGGGUGUCCGGACGUUUGCUCGUGCCAGCCAUCUUCUCGCACAGUGGACUGCAGCUAUCAAGGGCUUGUGGAAUUCCCAGCACAGGUGCCCCAUCAAACCCAGACACUUUAUUUACAGGGAAAUCAGAUCCGAAGCCUCAAUCUCACGACCUUCGCAAACAUCUCUGGAAUUCAGGUCUUAGACUUGUCCAAUAAUUCCAUUUCGGUGCUGUCUCCACGAGUGUUUGCGUCUCUUCAUGAUCUAAAAAAGUUGGAUUUGUCCUAUAACAGCCUCAACACUUUGCCGGAAUCAUUGGGCGAUCAGACGAGGAACUUGACGUAUCUCGCAGUGAAGCACAAUCAGAUACAACGGGUCAACAGAUCUUUACUGGAAUCACUUACACAUCUGAAGGUUCUUCUAGUCAGAUCCAAUCCUUGGCAGUGCAACUGUCAGUCAAUGGGCCUCAAACUCUGGCUGGAGAACUUUUUAUAUAAAGGAGGGUUCAUUGAUGAGGUGAUCUGCAACAGUCCAGAGAACAGAAAAGGAAAGGAUCUGCUGAAAAUCCCCUUUGAGAUGUAUAGAAGUUGCCCUCCUGUGUCAUCCCCAUUUGUCCCGGCUAAUAUUCACUACCAUAAUUCAGACCACAAAACUAAUGGAAAGUAUGGACACUACAUGGACACCACUGAUGGUGGAAGCCACCCUGAAUGUGAGCCCAAAUCGAAACCCAGACCUGUCAACUUACGGCAUGCUAUAGCUACCGUGGUAAUAACUGGAGUCAUUUGUGGAAUUGUCUGUCUAAUGAUGUUGGCAGCUGCCGUUUAUGGUUGUGCCUACGCAGCAGUUAUGGCAAAAUACCAGCGGCAACUCAAGGAGGUGGAGCGGUUGGCUUCAGCAGCUGAAAAUGGGAGCUCAGAAGAGAAGGAGCCACUCGAUAGCUCUUUGGCUUGAUCCAUUUUUAACUUUGGUUUCUCUCGGAUGAAAACCUCAUCCGUGUUGUAACUGGCGGAGGGAAGUCAAGACAAAACUGAUUAACUUGUAACUUUCCACUUUGGGAAACAAGAUAUUUACAGAAAUCUAAAAGAAUGAGUAUGGUUUUGAUUAUGAGCUUGCGAUAUUGUAAACAAAGCACAGAAGGGCUUAGUUUGCAGAUAGGGUAGGGUUUAUCAUAAUUCAUUUACACUACACUCGUAAUUUUCAUGUUCUUGUGGUUUAUUCUGGUUAAGUAGUUCAAUUUAUAAAAGAUCUAUUUAGGGACGGAGCAGCUGUUUCAGGCACUAUGAGGCAUAUGAUUUAUAAUUUGUAAGAGCGAGAGACUCCUGGGGAUUCCCUCGUAAUGCCCUUUGCUCUAUUUAUGCUAAUUCUUCAGAUAGACAAUUAUUUCAGAUGCCCAAAAGUCAUGCAAGGAUUCUCGUUUUGUUUUCUACAUUAAACUGGAAAAGAAAAAAAAUAAAACGCAAUGAUAAAUGUAGCGAGACAAUGCAGAGAAAAUGCACGGGCGAAGGAAUGCUAAACACUGCUGACAUUUCUACACUCUGUCUCACUAACCUAAAUGUGGGAUCGUUUAGGUGAAAAGUAUAUCUUCUAUGCAGUCGGCUGAAAUAUUGUAUAUGUAAUGUAUGUUUUGUGUUAAUAUAAAACCAAAUUAAAUUUCGCUCAGCACAAAA